AUGAGCUCAGAAAAAGUGGUCUUCAAGGAAGAGCGGCCCACUGCUGUUCAAUUUUCCGAAAUUCAAGUACACCAUAGCGAUCAGGAAGUGAUUGAUACAGCCAAAAAGCGAUUGAGACGGGCAUCAACUUCAGGCAGUCAAGCUAUUAUUGCCUAUAGAACGCUUUCUAUCACAGUUUCAGAAAAUCAAGCAAAGGGUGUCACAAAGUCUAAAAAGUCGCAAAAGGAUUUAGCAGAAGAUUUAUCCAAUGUUAGUUAUCAUAAGCUCUCCAUUACAGAACUUGAGCAACAGUACAGAACAAGUGCUGUAAGAGGCCUUGGAUUAGACCAGAUAGCUUCACGAGUUAAAGAACAUGGCAAAAACGCAAUUUCACCUCCUCCCAAUAACUGGUUCAAGAAGGUCUAUGACUACUUCUUUGGCGGUUUCUGUCCUUUGUUAUGGAUCGCAAGUAUUAUUUGCUGGAUUUCUUGGAGACCUCUUGGCGAUCCUAACCCUGCCCCACUCAACUUGACACUUGCUAUAAUUCUUAUGGCUGUUGUAUUCAUUCAAGCUUUCUUCAACGCCUGGCAAGACUGGUCAACGACCCGAGUGAUGGAUUCGAUCAAUAACAUGCUUCCUACACAAUGUUUGGUUGUUCGUGACGGCAAGAUCAUUACUAUCGACGCUGCUGAACUUGUACCUGGCGAUGUGGUUCAUUUAAAGAUGGGUAACAAGGUGCCUGCUGACUUACGACUGAUCCAAGUGUCUGACGACUUGAAAUUUGACCGAUCUGUUCUGACUGGUGAAUCAGAUCCUAUUCCUGGUACUAUCGAAGACACAGACGACAACGUUCUUGAAACGCAUAAUGUAGCCAUGAUGGGCACACACGUUCUGAACGGUUCUGGUAUUGGUGUGGUCGUUUCGACUGGUGAUAAUACGCUCAUGGGAAGAAUUGCAUGCUUAUCUUCAAAUAACAAAAGUACUCGUACAACGUUACAGAUUGAAAUCUUCCGGUUCGUCAUGAUCAUUGCUUCAUUAGCCAUCACCGUCGGUCUUGUUUGCUUAAUCACAUGGCUUGCUUGGUUACGUCGUGACUACCCAGAUUUCCUUACCCCCUCUGCUGCCUUGGUCGCCAUCAUCAGUGUCUUAGUCGCCUUUGUACCUGAAGGCAUGCCAGUAGCCGUGACGCUGUGUCUGACGAUCAUUGCCCGUCGUAUGCAAAAGAACAACAUUGUCUGCAAGGUCCUGACAACGGUCGAAACUCUUGGUAGUGUGAAUGUGCUUUGCUCGGACAAGACAGGAACAUUGACUGAAAACAAGAUGUUCGUCUCGGAUGCAUCCAUUGGUCGGGAAACAUUUACCUCUGAGACCUGCAACCAAAUUUGCUCAAGCGGCAGCGACGUCGAACUGGCUCCUCAGCUGACUUUGCUCCAACUGACGGCUGCACUCUGUAACGGAUCCCAUUUCGAUUCUGAAACAGCACACUUGGAUAUUCGUCAACGUGUUGUCUUUGGCGAUGCCACGGAUAGUGCCAUCUUACGAUUUGCUGAAGGAAUGAAUCCUGCUGUUGCCACAGUCGAGACGAUGCGUGCAGAUACGGAAAAAGUGUUUGAGAUUCCGUUCAACUCAAAGAACAAGUGGAUGCUCACGAUUGUUCGACCUCUCAAGGACACCAUGGCCCGAUCACUCUCAUCACGUAGUUCACCAGUGACGACCAAGGACUGGGUCUUGUUCUGUAAGGGUGCUCCUGAUAUUAUCCUCAAGCGAUGCUCAAAAAUAUUGCUGCCUGACGGAUAUGAAGCUGACUUGACUGACAAACGUACAGAAACUCUACUGAAUAUCCAAGCCAAGUGGGCCCAUGAGGGUAAGCGUGUGCUCUUGCUUACACGUCGUGUGAUUAAGGCUGAAGAUACCACGGAUAACGCAGCCGGUACAUCCAGCUUUGCUACUUGGGCUUCCAACAUGAACACAGAUCUUGUCGUCAUCGGCAUGGUUGCCAUUGUUGAUCCUCCUCGUCCUGAAAGUGCAGAGACGGUCGAGGUCUGCAGAAGAGCUGGUGUUCGUUUCUUUAUGGUCACAGGUGAUUUCCCUACAACUGCUGCUGCCAUCGCUCGUCAGAUUGGUAUCUUUACAACCGAAUAUCCUCAUACGAUUGCAGAUCUUGAUCCAGCCAAAAAAAUGGAGGAAAUUCCAAAGUAUGUGACCAAGAGUAUCGACAUUCGUCAAGUCAAGGACAUCGAGUCUCAGUCGAACAGUACAUUGGACCAUAAGAUGGAUGAUUCGAGUUAUAAAUCGCUCUUGCUCUCUGGUUCAGAUAUGAUCACUCUUAACGAUGCUCAAUGGGAGCAAGUCUGUCAGUAUGAAGAAAUAGUCUUUGCCCGUACUUCACCUGAUCAGAAGCUUCGUAUCAUUAAGGAAUUCCAGAAACGCGAAAAUGUGGUAGCCAUGACGGGCGAUGGUGUGAAUGAUGCUCCUUCCCUCAAAGCAGCUGAUAUUGGUAUUGCCAUGGGAGGUGGCAGUGAUGUCGCAAUGGAAGCAGCUGAUAUGAUCUUGCUUGACAAAUUCUCUAGUAUCGUUGCUGCCAUUGAAAACGGACGUCUUGUAUUUGACAACUUGAAAAAGGUCAUUAUCUAUUUGCUUCCCGCUGGUUCCUGGUCUGAACUCUGGCCUGUGAUUGUCAAUAUCUACAUGGGUGGCCCUCAAACUCUCUCAUCUUUCCAGAUGAUCGUCAUCUGUGUCCUCAACGACGUGUUUCCUUCGAUGUCUCUGAUGAUGGAAAAACCUGAAGCAGGUCUCUUGUCUCGCCCGCCUCGAAACCCUAAAAAGGAUCGCUUGGUCAACUUUAAUCUGCUCCUUCAGGCAUAUGGAUUUAUUGGUCUCAUGGAAAUGCUCUCUUCAAUGUUUAUGUUCUUUUAUUACAUGUCUGAACAAGGCAUUCCUCCAAGCAAGGUGUUUAUGUCCUUUACAAACUUGACUACAGACGGAUACAUGGGCUACACGUCACAACAGCUCAACGAAUUCAUCAAUGUGGGCCAGUCAAUUUACUAUAUUAACUUGAUCAUCUGUCAAUGGGGUAAUGCACUUUCUUCUCGAACAAGAAGACUCUCGCUUUUCCAGGCCAACCCAUUCUUUGGCUAUAACAAGAACUGGUACAUCUUUGGUGCCAUGCUCAUCUCUUUGGUCAUUGCCUUUAUUAUUCUGUAUAUCCCCGGUAUUCAAAAUGUGCUUUUGACGCGUCCUGUGCCUGUGAAGUACUGGUUUAUUCCAUUUGGAUGGGCAGCGAUGAUUUUUACGCUUGAUGAGAUAAGAAAGCUCUUAAUUAGAAGUUUCCCCAAGGGCCCUAUCGCCAAACUUGCUUGGUAA